UUAGGACAGGCUUUGUUUGUGGAUGAGCUCCAUCACCUCCUCCAGAAAUGUGGACGGAUAUAAGGAAACUACUGCUCUUUCAUUUGUUAGCUCUAAAACUUCAUUCCUCAAAAGGAACAGAGGUGGAAGAGUGUGAGGAUGGCCAGUUUCAGUGCAAUAACAAAAGGUGUAUACCAACAAUAUGGAGGUGCGACGACGAUGAUGACUGCUCAGACAACAGCGACGAGGAAAACUGUGCCAGGAAGACGUGUGCCCCGGCAGAGUUUGCCUGUGCGAACGGCCAGUGUGUACCAGGCCGCUGGCGCUGUGAUGGGGAACCAGAGUGUCCCGAUGGCUCCGAUGAGGCAGACGCCACCUGCAGCAAACAGACGUGCCCUAUGGAGAAGUUUGACUGCGGCGGCUCUACCAACAAGUGUGUCUCGUUGUCAUGGCGAUGCGACGGCGAGCGGGACUGCGAGAACGGGUCGGACGAGGAGGACUGUGCCACCGAUGUCAAGUCCUGCCCGAAAAGCAAAUUCCAGUGCGCCAACCGCAAGUGCCUGGCACCCAUCUACGUGUGCGAUGGCGAUGACGACUGCGACGACGGCUCUGACGAACUAAAAUGCUCCUCCCGCAACUCGCCAACGACCACCUGCGGUCCGCACGAGUUCCGCUGCAACACCUCAGAGUGCGUACCCGUCAUGUGGAGCUGUGACGGCGACCCCGACUGCCCCGACGGCUCUGACGAGUGGCCGGAGCGUUGUGGGGGUGAAGGGUCGCAACCGCGACGCAGGGUGAACUGUACGGUGGAGGAGUUUCGGUGCGCCAACGGAGAGUGUGUGAGGCUGGCGUGGAAAUGUGACGGGGAUCCGGACUGCAAGGAUAAGUCAGACGAGGCGGAUUGUCCUCUGCUGACGUGCCGCCCAGAUGAAUUCCAGUGUGGCGACGGCGCCUGUAUCCACGGCACCAAACAGUGUAACAAGGUCCACGACUGUCCUGACCAGAGUGACGAGGCAGGCUGUGUCAACGCCACUAAGUGUGAGGGGCCCCUGAAGUUCCUGUGUAAGAACGGAGAGUGUAUCGACAGCACUAAGGUGUGUGACAACGUCAAGGACUGCAAGGACCGCUCCGAUGAGCCCAAGAAGGAGUGUGGACUCAACGAGUGCACACUCAACAACGGCGGCUGCUCUCACAUCUGCCUGGAUCGACCAAUCGGCUACGAGUGCCAGUGUCCCACCGGGUACCAGCUAUUGGACAAGAGGACAUGUGGAGACAUUGAUGAGUGCGAGAGCCCCAACGCCUGCAGCCAGAUCUGCAUCAACUACAAGGGAGACUUCAAGUGUGAGUGCUACGAAGGCUAUGAGAUGGACCCCGUCACCAAGACCUGCAAGGCAGAAGGGAAGUCUCCCUACCUGAUGUUCACCAACCGCCAUGAGAUCCGUCGGGUUGACCCAGUGAAGAAGGACUACAGCCAGGUGCUGGCAAACCAGAAAAACACUGUGGCGCUGGACAUAGACGUGGCCAAUAACCGCCUGUUCUGGUGCGACCGCUUCCACCGCAACAUCUACAGUGCUCUGAUCCCGGAGGCCAGUGACCCGUCCCAGCAGGUGACCCUGGUGGACUCUGGCUCUCUCCUCUCCCCCGAGGGCCUGGCCCUAGACUGGGUCCAGCACAACCUUUACUGGACCGACUCGGGCCACAAGACCGUCUCGGUGGCCUCGGCCUACGACGGCCUCAAGAGGAGGGUGCUGGUGGACACGGAACUCAGCGAGCCCAGAGCCAUAGCCCUGGACCCCCAGCACGGGUUCAUGUACUGGUCUGACUGGGGCACCCGGGCCAAGAUCGAGAAGGCUGGGAUGAACGGGGUGGACCGACAGGUCCUUGUGUCGGAUAAUAUCGAGUGGCCCAACGGCAUCACCCUAGAUGUAGCCAACAGGCGUCUGUACUGGGUAGACUCCAAGCUGCACCUCGUCUCCAGCGUGGACCUGAACGGGGCUCACCGUCGGACACACCAGUCCUCCUCAGAAAGACUGGGACACCCCUACGCACUGGCCGUGUUUGAGGACCGUAUCUACUGGACAGACAGGGAAAGGGAGGCGGUGUACAGCGCUAACAGGCUAACCGGCCAGGACGUCAGCACACUGGCCGAGCACCUCAACGACCCCCACGACAUAGUGGUCUUCCACCCACUGCGACAGCCCCAAGGCCCAGACAGCUGUAACUUGGGCAGUGAGGCCAACGGUGGCUGUGAGUACCUGUGUCUCAAAGCCCCCCAGAUCACAGAGCACUCCCCCAAGUACACCUGCGCCUGCCCAACAGGACAGGACCUGGGGCCCGACAUGCGGGGCUGUGUGCCAGCAAAUGAGACUAUUACCACGCCGUCGCCAUUCCCCACCGGCUCUGUAGCCAUCAUCACGGCAAGUGUCAAGGAGGACAAAGAGGACUCCCAUUCCACUUCUGGGAUGUCCCAGGCGGAUGCCGGGGUCCGCCACCUCACCCCCGCCCCCUCCAGCACCCCAGAGCCUCCCCUCACUGCCAAACCUGGGGCAGAGGUGAAGGAGAAAGAGGGCCGGCGUUUGGAUCCCACUGCUGCCACCAAAAUCUUCACUACCUCCACCACAGUAGGGUCUGGGGACACUAAUGUCAUCAAGGAGGACAGCAACCUCUCUCACCACUCUGGAAGUGAGCAUUUUAUCCUGGGUGAGAACCUGACAGUGGCAGUUCUGGGAGUAGUCAUCCCUAUAGUUCCUAUCGUUGCCACAGUGGUCUUCGGCCUGCUCUGCACCGGCGUCUACCUGGUUUGGCGAAACUAUCGCGUAAACUCCACCAAGAGUAUGAACUUCGACAACCCUGUUUACCGCAAGACCACGGGCGAGGGCGAAGAGGACGAGAUUCACAUCGGACGGACGGACGGUGGCAUGAGCGGCCACCAUGGGCAUCAGCAGUACCCAGUUGGAGUGGGAUGUGGCGUAGUCGGCGGGGGCGGAAAUACAUGCCCACAGUUUAUUGCGCUGCCACUGGGUGGCAGUAUGCCCGACCCGGGGACUCACUGGUACACGGAGCAGCCAAUGCUGUCCACUACGGCUAAGUGAGGUGGGCAAAGUGGGAGGAUGGAGACUAGACUAAAUGGCUGCUCAGGGGGUUAAUUUUCAAGAUGGCCGCUGCUCAGGCACACACACACACACACACACACACACACACGCACACACACACACACACACACACACAGUACCAAGGUCAAGGGUCACUCACUGACCUGAGUCUGUUCAAGGGAUGGACAUAUGAUAUGUUAUCAUCACAUCCAGCCAUUCGGGACCAUGCUGUGCCAAUUCAUCACACAAACUUGACAGUUUGACACUUUCUAAGGUUUAUUUAUGUUAUGUCAGAGUUGGGGUUGGUUCGGUUUCAAUUCCUGUCAAUUCAGUUCUUGAAUUCUCUACGAAUCAAUUGAAUUUAGAUACAUUUCGUCACUGGACUUGAGUUGAAACUGAGUCGACACCAAUUCUGGAUGCUUUUCAUCCACCUUUGAUCAAUUACAGCAGGAUUGAGCUGUGCUAUCUGUCUCAUGUUUAAGGACGAGAGGAGUUCCAAAAGAUUCCUUUUGCCCUUGACGUUAUAAAUUUAGGCUCUCCAUUUUAUAUCCCUGGUGGAUCCUCGUUCUCUGGCUUUUUAGGAGGAGGUUUAAAAUGAGGGCAGCACCUUAGUUGGUUGAUGGGACAAUCUGUAUAGUUUUAAGAUAUUAAUUCAACACGUUUUAUCGUUCACCUCACGAUUACUAAAGAUGUCAUAGUGUUUCGUUAUUCUGGUCAGGGCUUUUGUCUUGGAGUGGAGUGAAAGGUUUGAGAGAGAGGUUGCUGUGACCACUGGUUUGUGUGUGUGUGUGUGUGUGUGUGUGUGUGUGUUUGCGUCUGCUUGUCUGUCCCAGCGUGUGUGUUUGCAUUUAGGUGUGUGUGUGUACUUACUCUCUACAGUUCAGCUUGCGGCCGAAACGUCUUUGACGUAUUCCUUAUUGAACCUCAAAGACUACCAGAGGGCAAGCAGGGCAAAGGGUCGUUGAGAAAUGUUGGUGGCAGCGGUGGGAUCCAAGAGAAAACGUAAGGCUUAGCGAGAGAAACCUUUGUAGUUAUUAACGGUAGCCUGGAUUUUUAGGCCCAGUGAAGACAUGUCUAGCUAGUGGCUAACAGUAUCCGUGUUAAGGCUUAUGUGUGUGUGUGUGUCUGUCGACAUGUCUCUAGACAAUUAGAAUGCGACAGGUAUUGCUGGUCAAAACUACAUUUAAUUUAUACUCAGGCUGACUGUCUUUAGACCGUCACUACGACUGUCGGUUUCCUUGUCGCACAGAGAUGAAAAAUGUUCAACUUUGACCCUGCCACAGUGUCCGUUGUCAUGGGUAGAUAGAGCCACUGGCGCUACAUAACCAUGACAACAAAUCUCACCUGUCAAUCAAACGCCUGAUUUACAGCUAGCUAGCUUACGUUAGCAUACAGAAUAUACAUACAUUAAAUAUUAUGGAUUACUGUAUUUUUUGUAGAGCAGAUGUUACGUUUAGUUAUGGAGCACCCUUGUCUCUUUGCCGUUGAGAGGGAAGACUCCAAAUUUCUGAACAAAAAAAAAUCCUGGUUAGCAAUUGCUAGCCAGCUUAAUUCAACCUGUAAUUAAACUGGCUUUAGCUGAGCUAGCUAUCUAGCCAAGCUAAUUCUAGACUAGGUCUUCUAUGAGAAAUCAAACAAACAAAUAUUAACUUCUCUUCUCAGGAGAAGGACAGCACUUAAAAAGAUUAGGAGCAAGGCAGCUUCCUCCUCCAUGUUUGCUUGUUUAUACGAAGGAUAGAAUGUCAUUCACUGUUGCGUGACAAUAUAUUGUUCAUGAUGUCAUUUUUGUGUUUAAAUAUAAUUUUCAUGAUAUCACUGCAACAACGUGUCGAUAGACGGACUAUAAACCAGCCUUUAGGCAUGAUAAUGACAACAGAGUUGGCUAAAGCAGAAUUAGCUAGCUUUCUGGCUAGAAGGCUAAAGCAGAACCAGAUAUGGCUAAUGGCUACCAGGCUAAUGCUUAGCUAACAGUUUGAGAAAAGCAAUAAGAGGGUUGUUCUACUGAGGUGAAUCAUUUAGGCUGUUAUUCUCCUCUUUAGCUGUUUUCCAUGGCCACAGGGUACGUGGUUGGUGAAUUUGUCAUCUGUUUUUGUUGAUUUUAUUCCCUCAUCUGCUAUCUUUGUCAGGACAACACACACACAGAGUCACUCACCCUCAAGAGACACACGGGGUAUUUUUUUAGUAUCCCCAUUAGCUGUUGAGAUAGCAGCAGCUACUAUUCCUGGGGUCCACACAGAACAUGAAACAUGAUAUAAUACAGAACAUUAAUAGACAAGAACAGCUCAAGGACAGAACUACAUAAAUUGUACGGAACUACACAAAUAUUAACUUGCCCUAGGAAGAUACUAUGUACACACAGCAUGCAUAAUCGCUCGCCCUUCACAAACACAAGCAUUCCACUCAACCCAAAGACAGACAGACAGACAGACACACACACACCGGACACACACACAAACAUCCAUGCCCCUGUCUUUGUUCUUUGAUCGCAUGUCAAUGUGAGCUUUCAUACAGGAGGCGCUCAGUCAGUGGGAGGUCGACUGCUGACAAAAGGCCCCUGUCAGGUGAUUUGGUGGCUGAGGUCACGGUGGCAGAUUUAAGCUGCUUCCUAAUUGGCACCCUAUUCCCUUUAUUCCCAUAGGGCUCUGGUCAAAACUAGUGCACUAUAUAGGGAAUAGGGUGUUAUUUGGGACGCAGCCUUAAACAGUAAUGCGGUUCAGUCAGGUUGGAUUCUCCUGUCAGUAAACACAGCUGUCCUUUGUCCACCUCUCCUUUUGUCCUGUCAUGCACAUUGGUGAUCUGCUCAGAAAAUAGAAAUUUCGGAAUCCCCUCUAUUGUUGUAUUGUCGAUCACGGUGACGGGAUGAAGUGGGAUUUGGAUAGAGCCCGGUAGAGAGAUUGAUGAGUGUGUGUAGUGGGGGUGGAUAGGAUAUGUGUGUGUGUUUAUGCAUGUUCAUCCCACAGCCAUAUUGGAAAGGUUUUGUACACUUUGUUGCACAGCCCUCUCAGAAUGCCUUCUGUGUUGUGUGUGUUGCAUGGGAGAACGUGUGUGUAUGUGCAUGUUUGUCAGAGUGAGUGCAUGUGAGUAUGUAUGUGUUUGGGACCAGAUUAACUGCGAGGAUGUUUUUUGAAAUCAUGAUUUGUAAAUACAUUUUCAUAUUGCAAAAAAAGCUUUUGAUAAAGUAUUAUACAAUUCUGUAAAAGAAAAAUAUGUACAUAAGAUUUUAGAUAAGAAUAAAGUGUUGAUGACAGUAUAUUAAUUUAUUUGUAUAAAAGAGCACUGCAUUCCCUGAUUGUACGAAAUAUGAAUUAUCCACCCAAGUGUUUUGUGUUGUUACUUGAUCUUGCUUCAUUUGUUAUCCUUUUCUCUUUCCAAAUGUGUACUUCUUUAUCAGUACAAGUAAUACAACGUGGUUUCUCCUCAAUAUUUUCCAUAUCUCAUUGUUUCUCAACCCCAGUGUUAAUAAUAUGAAUGAUUGUUUUCUGGUGCCUUUUUUUUCCCCUUUUAUGCUGUUUCGCUGUGGGAGAUGGGUUCUUAUCAAGCAACUUCUGUACAUGCAAAUAAGAACAUCUGUACCCAGAAUUGACAAAAUGGUCUCGCUCACCUUUUCAUUAUUUCAUGAAGUUGUUCUUAAAUAUCUCUAUAUAUUGAUAUAUAAAACUUUAUUGCAAAUCUC